AUGAACGAAAUCCUGCCUCCAGGAAUGGACGGUAGAAACUACAAUGGACGGCAAGCAAGUGACGGCUCUCUGCAGAACUGGCAACGAAAUGCCUCCGAAACCCUGGCAAGGAGCACGGAAAGAACAAAGAGCGAUUCCUACACAGCGCAGAGAGUGCAGUCUACAAUGUAUACCCUGCGUCCAGUAACACCAGAAAGCCGGGGGGGAGGGAGAGACGGAUUGUUCGGUGUCGGACCAGUGCACACAUCACCGCGGUCUGUAUAUGGAGGAGGAGAAACCCAAGACCACCGGCAAAGGCUUGUCCAUCAAGACUCACAGAUCACCGAUUCGCUUGAAGAAAGAGGAGGUGGAGGCCGUUCCGCUGGACUACCUAUCAGUUUUCCGCCUAUCAGUUUUCCCGGCCGGCCUCGGAAUCGCACUAUCAACGAGCCCUCCCACCAACGGAGACUUUCCAGCAGUGUAUCUAAGAGCAGGCAUCGUGUCGGCUCCGUGCAUUCAGCAGUCUCUCCCUCGUCCCACGAUGUAUUACCUCAGACCGAUCUUUCCGACUCGUCUGGGCUUCCUUCGGCUUCUACAAGACCUCCUCCACAGAUACAGAGGUCCAACUCAUUGAAAGGUGGGCGUCGUCUUUUGAAAAGACCGUCAAGGCCAACGUCACCUCAGCCUAAUAUAGGCGAUGUUCCCUCAGUGGAUUCGCUUCCUUUUCCCGUGGCCACAGCCGACGCCAACAAGAUUCUAAUGUUAAUGAAAACUUUGUGUGGCCGUAUGAGAGGGGAAGUAGAGUACCAGGUCGUCGAAAAAGGGCCACGAUAUGCGGGAAUUUGUUAUAUCGACGAUAUCAAGGGAUCUCUCAUGUACGAAGGUGACGAUAGAGGUCCCUUCCAUCUUGUCGUAAUAUCUGAUCUGCGAGGAUGUCGAGUGAAGCCUUUCAACUCGCCAGAGAGACCGAUCAAGUGCCUCGAGCUGUCGAAUAGAGCAUCAGCCAUAGUAAUACAUCUUAAGCCGAUGGUCAAAGCAGAGUAUGAUCUCUGGCUGGCAGCUUUGCUGUGCUGGCAACAGAUCCGAACAACUUCUCUUUCGGCCAGCCCACCAAGAUCUUCAGCACCGCCUUUGGUGGAGAAGAGACCGUCGAAUCAGAGGCGUGAUUCGGUACUCAGCACCAGGCAGAGAGGGGCAACCAUCAUCAAAGUUGCACAAUUACUGCUUUGGGAUAAAGGCGCCCCCUCUUCUCCGACUGCCAUUGUACGUCGUGUCUCAACUCGUGACUUGCGUUCGUCAAAGCGGUCGGGUUGGCGGAAAGUAUCAUGCAUCCUUCAGGAUAAUGGAGAGUUCAAGCUUCUGACGGAGAACGACAUUACGCUACUAUCAGUCAUACAACUAUCUCAACUAUCGCGAUGCGCUAUACAAAGACUGGAUAGGUCCGUUCUUGAUGAAGAGUUCUGUAUCGCCAUAUUUCCACAAUACACGCCCACUUCCACCCAACUAUCUAUAUUCCGACCAGUCUACAUCGCGCUAGAGUCACGCCUGACACACGAGGUGUGGUUUUGCCUGUUGCGAGCUUUCACUGUUCCCGAGAUCUACGGCCCACGAAGCUCGGUCUUGGAGAACAGUGACGGUCUGGGGGUCAACCAGCCUUUGCCUUCUACCAAUGAUAUGUUUCGGCUGGAGAAGUCAAUAUCCCUCCGCAUUGUUGAAGCCAGAAUCAGAACUGUUUCUAAAACCAAUACUUCUCACCAUGAGAAAUCCGCGAAGGCUUCGGAGCAUGACCCGUCUGUGGGAGACUACCUUGUUGAAGUCAUACUGGGUGGCGAGGUUCGGGCCCGUACGAAAACCAGGACCAAGACAAGGAAUCCAUUUUGGAGAGAGGACUGUGAGUUCUUGGAUCUACCAGCACACCUACCAAGUUUGUCUAUUGCCUUGAAACAAGUGGUGCAUCCGAUGACCUCUGCACAUGGUUUCCUCUCCUCAUCUGUUGCUCAGACGCCGAAUGCUUCCGUCGAGACGACAUGUGGAAUUACCGAAAUACCCCUGGAAAAAUUGGGCGAGGGAACUGACAAUGAAUCUUGGUGGCCAAUCCUCGAUGACCAACAACAGCAGAUUGGAGAGUUGUUUCUCAGGGUGCGGCAUGAUGAGCUUAUAGUUCUUCUCGCAAAAGACUAUCAACCUAUUUCCGAAAUUUUGCACAACUUCAGUAGUGGAUUGACUGUACAGAUAGCCCAGGCUAUACCCUCCAGAUUAAAGACACUUGCCGAGAUAUUGAUGAAUAUCUUUCAAGUGUCUGGGCAUGCUGGGGAAUGGCUCACAGCACUUGUUGAAGACGAAGUCGACGGCCUUGGCAAGGAGGCACCUAGUUCUCGGCUAAGAUGGAGCAGGAGACUCGGUUCCAACGAGUCUUAUUCAUCUAUGAUGGAUCGUGAGCAGACGGUAAGAGAUGUAGGAAAGUCUUUGCAAGGAGAGGCUAAUCUCCUCUUUCGCGGCAACUCUCUCCUAACCCAGGCCCUUGACUUCUACAUGAGGCGGGUCGGGAAGGAGUACUUGGAAGAGGUUUUAUCAGAAAAAAUCAAUGGGAUCAACACCAUGAACCCUGAGUGCGAGGUAGACCCGUCCCGCAUAUCGCACGCUGACGACCUUGAUAAGAAUUGGACACUGUUGACGGCUUUGACGACGGAUAUCUGGGAAAGCAUCGCUGGAUCAGCCCAAAGAUGCCCACCCGAGCUUCGACAAAUUCUCAAGUACAUCCGGGCUGUUACCGAGGACCGCUAUGGCGACUUCCUGCGUACUACGGCAUACACCAGCGUCUCUGGCUUUCUAUUUCUACGAUUCUUCUGCCCUGCUCUUCUCAAUCCAAAAUUGUUUGGUAUACUUCCAGAUCACCCACAACCAAAAGCUCAACGAAGUCUUACUUUAAUCGCCAAGAGUUUGCAAGCACUAGCAAACCUCUCACACUUUGGCCAGAAGGAGAUUUGGAUGGAGCCCAUGAAUCGGUUUUUGACUGCCCACCGACAAGGGAUCAAAGAAUUCCUCGACUCCAUCUGUGAUAUCCCCGCAGAGCGUGAUGGCGGAUACGCUCUUCCAGCAUCUUACUCAACGCCCAUAACUAUCCUGGCACGACUUCCACCAACAUCGCGAGAAGGGUUCCCUUCAUUGCCAUAUCUCAUAGACCACGCACGUAACUUUUCCUCCUUGGUCAAGCUCUGGCUGGACACAACGACACACUACAUGGCACCUCUAGGUCUCGAAGGCGAGCUUCUUGAUUUCCACAAGCUAUGCCUCGGCCUCCAACGCCGCACGGAUGACUGCCUCCUGAAAGCUGAAGGGGCAGACCGUGGCGCCGACAAUUUAUCACUGCAAUGGGAAGACAUCGUCGAGACGCUGAAAAUUUCCACCGAUGUCACGAGUCCUUCAACAUACUCCAAUCCAGAUCGAGAGCCGUACUCGGAACCAGAAUUGGAGAGUCCGCUUGGGACUUCAUACACUGCAAUGAACACUAUAAAUCCAGAACCGAACCAGCGCUUGCCAUCUGGCUCGGCGUGCAGUGAAGCCGAAAUUAGUGAGCAAAAAGAGAGACGAAGUUUAUGGGACUACACGCUCGUCAAGGAGGUCGUCAAGGAGAGCAAACACCAUAAACCCUACGAUACAAUGACAGACACCGGUCAAGCGAGUCCCCCCAGUAGAGGGCAGAGCCGGAACGGGAAGACUUCGGGAUUUUUGAGCGGGUUCAGGAGGAAGGGGAAGGGCAGUGAUGCGAAUACGCAUUACAUUGAGAGUGCGGGUGCUGGGAGUUCAUGGAAUGGACCGGGAGGACUGUCAAGCAAGGAGAGCAUAGGCUCAAGUAACAUCUCAAAUUUUGGCCCAUGGGAUUGUGGGUACGAAAAACGCCUCAUUGCUCCGCUCCGUGAAGACCUGUCUUUUGAGCGCCUUCGUCAAUGCAGCAAUGCUCCAAUGCUCCAAGUGCACAAAUCCCGUCAAAUCAUCCAACCCCAGCCAUCAAAUUCGUAA